AUGCGAAAGGUUUUGAGUUUAAAAAAGUCUCAGACACAACCACCAAAAAGCCAAAAAUCAAUUACUAAUUUCUUUAAAGUUGAACCUGCUCCUUUUCAAACUGUCACGAAAUGUGAAACAAAAGGUGAAGCUAAAGUUGCAAAGCGAAAAGCAAUUUCUCCAACACAUGUUGAUUUACCGAAGUUGACUAAAACUUCACCAAGGAAAGAAAACUUAAGGGUUAACCAGGCUAAAAAACAUAAGAUUCAAGAUGACAGUGAUAAAAUUAAAAUUAUAAGUAAAAAAAACAAGGAAAAAUUGCCUAGUCCUCAUUAUGAUAAAUCAAAUAGUGAACAUUGUAUGGAAAAAAGGUCACCCUUAUCAGAUUACAAUCAUGAAAUUGAAGAUAAUAUACAGACAGGAAUUACGUGUUUAUUUCACAAUAAAGUUUUGAAAACACCUGAAAAAAUAAAUGCCAAUGAAACAAUGCCCAGUUGUAAUGAUAUUUCUAAAAAUACAAUAUUGCACAAUAAGGAAGAAGCUCAUAAUAAAAUCGUAACAUCACCUAGCAAAAUUAUAACAUCGACCCAAGUUUUAGAUUUUGAUAAUGAAGAAAAUGUUGAUGAUCUUUUUGGCGAUGAGUGGGAUAUCAAAGAAGUUGAAGAUGAUGGCCGGGAAGACCUAGAUUUAAGUACAAUACAGCGAUGUGAAAUAUUAUCACUGAAAAAUUAUCCUACUAAAUUGGAAUUAAGACUCAAAAAUAGUGCUGAUAAUAGAUGUACUUGUUAUGUGGAAGGUGUUUGGAUAAACACACCUUUACAAUCAGGAGAAAUUAUAAGUGUAUUGGCAGCAAGAAAUGCUCAAGGCCAGUAUUCAGUAAAUAACACUUCGGGACUGCUAUCUCUCAGGCCGGACUAUUUAAUAUCUACCACGAGUGUGGUGGCAGGUGUAUUCUGUAAACGAAAAGCCAUAUUACAAGAACGCUGGAAGGGAAUAGAUGCAGCCAAUGUUGCUAUGACAGUGGGAAUCUUGAUACACGAACUAGUACAAAAGGCACUUACUCAGCAUAUAUCCAAUGUUGUUGAUCUGCGUCGAACAUGUGAAAGUAUAAUAAAGGAGUCUCUUCAUAUGUUAUUUGAUGCGGGCAUCAGUGAAAUGGAAGCUGUCACCAAUAUGGAGCAAUAUAUAACGCCACUCGCAGAGUUUAUGCAGAUAUAUGUUACCAACAAUAAUAUGACAUUGAAGGACAAAACAGCUAAAUGGAAUGGCCACAUAGAUGAUGUGUUGGAUAUAGAAGAAAAUAUUUGCUGUCCAAAACUUGGCUUGAAGGGGAAGAUAGAUGCUACCUUGCAAGUGACCGUGCAUGAUAGAAAAGGAAAGCAUAGGGAAAUAGUUCCACUGGAGUUGAAAAGCGGUAGGGCCUCUGGUUCUGCUGAACACCGCGGCCAAUUAGUUUUGUAUGGAAUGAUGCUGAGUUUGCAGCAAAACGAAGACCCCGCACUCACGAUGCAAAGAGGCUUACUCUUGUAUUUGAAAGAUCAAGUGGACUUGAGAGAAGUCAGUUGCGGAUACCCGGAGCGACGUGAUCUUCUCUUACUCCGAAAUGAGCUUGUACAGCACCUCGCUUCGGGGCCACAGAGUCUUAAAACUGAGGAGUUAGUAGACAUUGAAGAGGCGUCAAAGCUACUCCAACAAAGCUUACCAGAACCAGUGCACCACGAAAACGCUUGUACCAAAUGCCCGUACUUGACCCUUUGCUCUUUACAUCUGUGGCACACAAACGACGUCAAAGUCUCGGAAACACACCCCCUCGCGAGACUGCGUGGUACCGCUCUCGGUCAUUUGACCAAAGAACACGUUUCGUACUUCCUGCACUGGACUAGUUUGCUCAAAAUGGAGGAGAAGGCGCAAAUGUCAAAUUCGCCUUUACACGCUCUGUGGACUGAUUCUGCUAAGAAACGGGCUAUACGGGGCACUUGUGCGGCAAGUUUAAAACUAAAAUCAGUGCAAACAAUAGAAGACAGAUACGCUCAUGUUUUUGAGAGGUCUGAAAAAGAUAAUGAAGACAUAAACGGUCCAAAAGAAGGUGAUUUUUCAAUAGUUAGUCUGGAUGAUAGACCUUGGAUUGCAGCUGGAGUGGUAACUCUCGCCAGUCAUAGAGAAAUACAUAUUUUAUUGGAAAGAAACCUAACCCAACGACACAAACAUUCAACAUUUCACAUAGAUACCUACGAGUCAUAUAACGCGUCUGUGCAAAACCUCACCAAUUUGGGAGUGCUUAUGGAGGACAGCGAUCGGGCAGUUCGGCUUAGGAAGUUAAUUAUUGACAAGGAUCCACCGGAAUUCAUAGAAAAGUUGCCCCGUGAAGUUGGUAGAAUCGGUUCGAAGUUAAUGCGAAGCUUAAAUAUAGAGCAACAACGUGCUGUACUGAAAGCGCUCUCCGCUAACGACUAUGUUUUACUACAGGGAUUGCCUGGAACUGGUAAGACCCAAACAAUUAGCGUCCUCAUACAAAUGCUAGUUGCUCUGAAACAACGCGUCCUAGUCACAGCUCAUACUCACUCUGCUGUAGAUACAGUGCUAACCAGAUUACCGGAGUCAAUGCGUGUGCUAAGACUAGGCUCCUCAUCCCGUAUUGCUCCAAAUCUCAUAUCCAGGGCGGAAGCGACGCUCACAAAUAACUGCAAAAGUGCUAAGGAUCUAUCGGAUCUCUACGACUCGAUGGAUGUCGUGGGAGUGACAUGUUUGGGGGCUAACCAUGCUCUUCUAUCGAGAACAACUUUUGAUAUCUGCAUCGUAGAUGAAGCAACGCAGGUGCUACAAAGUACUGUACUCCGUCCGCUGUUCGCUGCGAAACGAUUCGUACUUGUUGGUGAUCCGGAACAAUUGCCGCCCGUUGUUAAGAGCAAAGCAGCCAGACGCUUUGGAAUGGAAGAAAGCCUCUUCCAUAGACUCAUGGGUGACCAAUCGACGUGUACCCUUCGCCUUCAGUAUCGUAUGAACCGGGGGUUAGUUGAUAUUGCAAAUAGGGUAGCGUACAGUCAAAGGCUGAAGUGCGCUAGCAAAACUGUAGCUGAAUCUACUAUGAGCAUCGAUGUUAAGAAAUUAUCAAGACUACAUAGCAGCAAGUGGCUUCUUGAAGCAUGCAGUUUAGAAGCAGCCAACGCAGCAGUAUUUCUCAACAUCGAGUCGACAGAUGUCAACAGCAAAGGGCUUAUAAAUAUUGCAGAAGCUAAAGUAGCUGUCAUUCUCGCUAGAACAUUUAUAGAGAUAGGUGUGCAAAGCUCUGAUAUAGGGGUAAUAGCACCGUAUCGAGACCAAGUGUCGUUAUUACGCGAGAUGUUGUCAAAGUUACGCGUAGAGGCCAGCACGGUUGACCAGUUCCAAGGACGAGAUAAAUCGGUCAUCUUGUACUCUUGCACUAAGCGGGAGACUAAUGAUAAAGUUAAGGAAGGAGAAAUAUUAAACGACCAGCGCCGUCUCGCUGUAAGCGUAACCAGGGCGAAGCACAAGUUCAUAGCUUUAGGAAAUGCUCGGGUAUUGAGGCGAUAUGCUCCACUCUCGAAGUUAAUAGACGCAUGUAAACUCAUCGAUAUGGAUCAAGAAACCCUUGAACUAAAUAAUGAUUAA